AUGUGUAGAAGGUUUUCUUUUUUGCAACAUUUCGAAAUGGUCAAGAUUCAACAAAUACCCCUACACAUUCUCGACAUUAUUCUUCAAGACCUUCCAAAGAAAACUUUAUUUCAGUGCCGAACAGUUUGCUUAAAGUGGAAUUCUGUGGUUACAAAAUACCUGUUUAAAGAAGUUCGUAUUUCAGGCGACAUAAAGGCCUUUUUUGAUCUUUGGGAAGUAAAAGAAACCGCUGGUCGGAUAGAUCCUAGAGAAUGUAUAAAGGAGUUAAGCCUUGAAUAUAUUGACCAUUUAUCUUUUGAAGAGUUCAAACAAUUGGUCAUAUGUUGUCCUAACGUCAAAAUGCUUCUUGUCUUUCCACGCCUAUACGAAACAUGUGUAUCGACCUACCUACUUGAAAUUGAUGAUGAUAUCAAAUGGAAACUUGAGGAAAUAUUUGCAGACUUACCUUAUCAGCCCACGUUGCAUCACUACUUGAAAUAUAAGGACUCCAUCACUAACAUGUCUGUGCCCAAACAUGUGACAGACCUGCAGUUCUUGCAGUCAUUUCCGUCACUACAAGAACUUACACUCCCUCCACGUUUGGCCGUCUCGUCUGUGCAAGAUUUCGCAUUCAUCUUUGAUACAUGCUCAAAUAUAGAUACUUUGGAUAUCACUAUUGAGAUAGAUGAUGUAUCCCAUCCAGUACUAAAUCAAGACCCUUAUCCCUCUUUAACCAGUCUAACUAUCGCAACUUUUCACUCGACUAUACCAAGUUCACUUAUACACUAUAUCUCAACACGAUUUGUUAAUCUUUCUACGUUCUAUGUUUAUUUUGUAUAUCCACACAACAUUGUAUCGCUUGGAGAAACUUAUAGUCGCUUUUUGGAUGGUCGCAUAGCUCAUCCCAAGUACAACUUUGUCUUUCACUUUGAUGUAAACGAUGGCGCUGGUAGAAUUAUUACAGGAAUUCAAAGAGAAAUAGCUCAAAUGGUUACUGAAUGCCUAAACGCUACCUUCAAACGUCGAUCAGUGCUACCAAACGUUCGAAAUUCGUUAAGAAUUAGUAAGCAAUCAUUUACUGCCAACCGUAUGUUGCUUACAACAAGCCUAACUAAUCAUGGGGACAAGCAAAUGCACUGCCUGGUUCAGUCAGGGCUGGCAUUUUCCGAUCUCAUUAAUCAACAUGUCUUAUUUGAAAGUAAUUUAUCCCAAUACCUCCACCAGCUGGCAAUAGAAGGCGAGGACUCAAAUAUAGGACUAUCUGAGAAUGAUUACUCAUCAAUAGAAAAAUGCCCUCUGAUUUACGAACUAACCUUUUUUCGUGUACGCCUGCAACCUUUUGAAAAUCAUGUCUAUAGGUCAGUGAAGAUACUGAAUAUCUCCUCAGCUCAAGUACACGUCAAUUUUUUUCAAACUCUGGGUACUCGGUGUCCUCAUUUGGAAGAUGUUACCUUGAGUGGCAUCUGUGUUAUUGGUCCAGAUAGUACUGAUAGCCAUGUAGUGAUUGACUUGCAAGACGUAAAGUUAAGAAGACUCAAUCUGUACUCUUUAAAGAAUGGAGCUUUCAUGAAUGCACCGUGUUUGCUAACCAUUAAGACUUUGAGAAAACAUCUGCAUAUCAAGGUGGAAGGAUGGAAAGCACUUGCAAAGAUUACAGAGGAAGAAGCCGUAGAAUGCCAUGCACAAAAGUAUAGCCGCUAUUACAUCUACUGCAAUGAUAUUCAAGAGUUAACAAUUCAUGGCAAAUUGGUGUUACUCUAUUCUGAUGACAUUGAUGAAUAG